GUAUAAUGGUACACGUCGUCAUAAAUGGGUCAUGGGUGUAGGCAUAUUGAGGUACAGUAACUUUACUGUWCUAUUACACCAUGGAAAAAUUUAUAAUUAAACUGUUGUUUAUUAUUUACUAUUAUAAUUUUUUAUAUUAGCCCGCGUGAUAGUCAUAACUCAUAAGUCAUUGAAUUGGAAGGCUGUCGACGAGUUAGCAGAACAACUGUAUAGACCGACAAAUAGGAUGAUAUAUGAACUCAAAAUAAGCUGACAGUAAUAGGAACACAAUAUGGCUUUUUUCAUGCAUUUGAGUCGAGAAGAAUAUUCAGAAUUUGUCUGUGGUUGUGGAGCUGCUAUUAUUAAUGUGGGCAUUACCUUCCCAAUUAAUAAAAUUAUAUUCAGACAGAUGCUACAUGGAGUAGGCCUAAGGAAUGCAGCUUCUCAACUUAUGAAUGAGGGGUUUUCCACUCUUUAUCGAGGGAUUUACCCACCAUUAUUUCAGAAGACAAUCUCUACUUCAUUAAUGUUUGGCACUUACGACGCAAUCCAAAAACCACUUCUGGAAUCUAAUUUAAACUCCAGAUUAGCCAAAGUCAUUGCAGCAUUGAUGGCUGGUACAGCGGAAGCUACUUUAACACCGUUUGAACGUGUACAAACAUUACUUCAAAACAACCACUAUAAUAAAAAUUUUAUAAAUAUGCGUCAUGUAAUAAAAGUUAUAGCUACUGAUUAUUCAGUAUCUGAAUUUUAUCGUGGCCUUACACCGAUUUUGUUGCGUAAUGGGCCCUCUAACAUUUCCUUUUUCUUAUUACGUGAAGCUGCCAACUCUUAUAUUGUGAUACCCCCUACAGCAUGGACAGGCUAUAAACUAUUUAAAGAGUUUCUGACCGGGGCUUUUAUUGGUGCUUUAAACAGUGCUCUAUUUUAUCCAUGUAAUGUACUCAAAGUGCACAUGCAAAGCGACUUGGGUGGCCCAUUUAAAAGUAUUAAGGAAGCUGCGAUUGAAAUUUAUCAAGAACGUGGAAAUAGAGUAUCAUAUUUUUAUCGAGGAGUACACAUGAAUUAUACAAGGUCAUUUAUUAGUUGGGGCGUGGUUAAUGUUGCUUAUGAAAAUUUAAAGCAUUUUCUAAAAAAUAAUUAAAUGACAUGUAUAUUAGAUAAUUACUUUUGCUUCUUCAAAAUAUCAAAAUAUUUGAUUCACCUAAUUUAUUUAUUUAUUAAUUUGUGUUUUUUGUUGUUCAAUAUUUAUUAUACUAUUACACUGACUUGUUUAAUAAAUACUGUUAUUGUA